CUGGCCCACGAAGCUAUCUGGUAAAAUGUUGAGUUAUUGUUGUCUAAUUGAAGAUUUGUAAUUUCUAUAAUACCUAAAAAUGCUUGAUAAUCGUUGUCGCGUUUGCUUAGCUGCAGAAGAAAAUGUAUUAUUGGAUUUGUUCUCCGUAUACAGCAAUUCUAAUUAUGUAGAAAAAAUAUAUUUUUGUUACGGAAUUAAGAUUCACCAAAAAGAUAACAUGCCGCAGAAAAUAUGUAAACCUUGUCUUCAAAAUGUGGAUUUAGUUUUUCAUCUCAAAGAUCAAUGUUUAAAGAUAGACAAAUAUUUAAGGAAGAAACUUAAAGAUGAAAAUCAGAAUGAAAACAGGAAUCAAUCUCAAGUUGAGUUUACUUCAAAAAUAGCAAGAGAAUCAAUUAAAAACAAAGAUAAACCACAUAGAAAAAUAUUUUUAAGGACCAGAAUUCCCAAUAAUGAACAGAAAGAUCCAAAUAAGCUAUCUAGAAAACCUUUAUCGAGUGACUUUCGAUGUUUUAUUUGUGAAGAAACAUUUGGAUUAGUAAAGGAUAAGAGAGAACAUGUUAUUCAAACGCAUCUAAAUGAUAAAAGAUGUCGUGUUUGUGAUAAGCUUUAUAAGACAGCUUUUUCAACUGAACGUCAUACAAAGUCACAUUUUAUCAACGAUAAUGUUUUCCUUUGUCCCGUAUGUGCAGAAACUUUUAUCAAAAAGUUCUCGUUAGAACGACAUUUGGAACAAAUGCAUGGUGAUUCUUCUUCAUUUUAUCAUUGUGAUCUCUGCCAUAAUUGGAAAACAAAAUAUAGAACAAAUUUGAGACGUCAUAUGAAUUCUGUACAUCUGAACAUCAAACAGUUUCGUUGUCCACAUCUGUCAACAUGUCCAAACAAAUCCUUUACGGUGAAGGAAACUCUUAAUUUCCAUCUAGUCAAACGGCACAAUGCUGUGUUUAUAAAAUGUCAGAACUGCUCGGAAAAAUUUGAUACUGAAAGUCAACUUCAGGAGCAUUCAAAAAGUGGACGCUGUGUGCCAAAAAGUUUUAAGAAGAGAAAUCGCGUUGAAAAAAUUACAACUUUAUCGGAGUCAGCCUCAGGAUUUUGUUGUGAGAUUUGUCAACGAGUCUUCCUUAGGCGAUCGCAAUUUAGUGUUCACUAUCACCAAAAACAUAAAGCAAACCUAAAUUGCAAGUUUUGUAAUAAAGAAUUUUCACAUUACGCAAAUUUAUUACGGCACAUAAAGACAAUACACGAACAAGAAAAAAGAUUCUCUUGUGAAAUUUGCUCGAAAUCUUUUUCACAGAAACAUUCAUUAAUUAAUCAUAUCAACAUACACACUGGUGAUAAACCUUUCAGUUGCAAUGAGUGUUCAUUUCAGACGGGAGAUCGAUCAACACUUGCAAAACAUAGAAAGAAAUGCAGCUCAGUUGUGAAUCAAGAAAUUAAAACGAAGCAGGCUAUGGACAAGGAGAACAAAAACAACACCGGUUCAAGUGAAUAUAUACAACAAUCAUCGGUAUCAUCAACAACAGCAAGUACGAACGAUGAAAAUAGCAACGAAUCAAUUGAACUGAAAAUUGGAGAAUCUUAUUUGGUGAAGAAACAUGACAAUGAAUGGCAUCCUGCUACAAUAAUACAAACCCGUGUUGAUUCUUUCAAAAAUACCGAAUAUUACAUUCAUUACGAUGGAAUUAAUCGUCGUUUGGAUCAGUGGGUAACAAGAGACAGAAUCAAACGAAUACCACCAGAGGAACUUCAAGAAUAUCGGAAACAAAAGUCAACAAUUGCCGCAACAACUUUAAUUCCGAUUGAUUCAACUACAAAUGGGAGUCUUGUUGUGGGCGGAACACCAGGCGGUGAUAGUGAUCGUAAAAUAACAAGAAACCAAAAACGACGACAUGACGAAAUCAAUCACGUUCAAAAAACAUUCGCUGAAAUGGAUCCAACAACAGCUGCUUUAGAAAAAGAACAUGAAGCGAUCACAAAAGUCAAAUAUAUUAACAAACUUCGUUUUGGAAAGUUUGAAAUUGAAACGUGGUACUUUUCACCUUACCCAGAAGGAUAUGGUAGAGUUGAAACACUCUACGUUUGUCAGUAUUGUCUCAAAUACAUGAAAUUCCUGAAAACGUACAAGCAACACUCCAAAGAAUGUAAAAUGCGGCAACCGCCAGGCAGUGAAAUUUAUCGAAAAGGAACAAUUUCUGUGUUUGAGAUUGAUGGAAAAGAGCAUAAAGGUUAUUGCCAGAAUCUUUGUUUAAUGGCAAAACUUUUCUUAGAUCAUAAAACACUUUACUAUGAUGUCGAGCCGUUUUUCUUCUAUGUUUUGUGUGAAAUUGACAAGAGUGGUCAAAAUAUUGUUGGAUAUUUUUCCAAGGAAAAAAUCUCGCCAGAGAACAACAAUGUUGCUUGCAUUUUAAUUCUCCCGCCGUAUCAACGUAAAGGCUAUGGAAAGCUUUUAAUUGCAUUUAGUUAUGAACUUUCAAAGCGUGAAGGAAUAAUAGGAUCGCCAGAGAAACCUUUAAGUGAUUUAGGUCGAUUGAGCUAUCGAAGUUAUUGGGCUUAUACACUUCUUGAGCUGUUAAAAGAAUGCCGAACAACUUCACAAACUGUCAAAGAGCUAAGCGAACUCAGUGGAAUAACCCAAGAAGAUAUUAUUCAAACAUUACAAAGCAUGAAAAUGGUGAAAUAUUGGAAAGGAUAUUAUUGUGUGACAGUAACACAAAAGACGAUUAACGAGCACCUUGCACUUCCACAAUUUAAAAGACCAAAGUUGAUGAUUGACUCUCAUUAUCUGCGAUGGACGCCACGACGCAACGUCAACCCGAACGCUUCGAAAUCUCAAAAAUAA